UAUCAACGUUUCAUGUCAUUUUAAAUUUAGGCAAGAUUGCACAAGUGAGGUCCUCCCCAGCAGUACAAUAGAGAGAGGGUUCAUUGACUGGUAACCAUGUGGUCUACUGUAAGGUCGAAAUGCUAAGUGGACCGUGGCCCACAGUUGUCGCAGCUCAUCAGUGGUGAGCAGCUGAUCAGACUGGACAGACGGACUGUGGUCGCUCUGCUGCACUCACCCGCGCUAUGCUGAAGCAAAGACUAAACUCCUGCCUCAGACUAAAGCAGCAAAGCAGAAAGAAAAGCGAGUGGUAGACACAGCUUUUUUUUUACUGUUUUGGAUUUUGGACACCAUGGUCAAACAGCGACGCAUCAGAGCGCGCUCCUGUUGCGCAGGUGUUGCGCCUCUGUGUUGCAGAAGAGGAGCAGUAAAGACUUUGACAGAGCCUGCCAUCUUUGCCAGAGAGACCAGUUGUGAUUGCCGCGCCCCUCAUGAAAAACUCACCAUCGCUCAGGCCCGCAGAGGCACCCCAGUGGACCGGCCGGUCAGAGUCUACGCAGAUGGCAUCUUUGACCUUUUCCACUCUGGACAUGCUCGUGCUCUCAUGCAGGCCAAGAACCUCUUCCCCAACACCUACCUCAUAGUAGGAGUGUGCAGUGAUGAGCUGACCCAUAAGUACAAGGGAUUCACAGUCAUGACGGAGAUUGAACGUUAUGAAGCCCUGAGACACUGCCGCUAUGUCGACGAGAUUUUAAGAGACGCGCCGUGGACUCUUACACCUGAGUUCCUAGAGAAACACAAGAUCGAUUUUGUGGCUCAUGAUGAUAUCCCAUACUCCUCAGCAGGAAGUGAGGACGUUUAUAAACACAUUAAGGAGGCAGGGAUGUUUGUGCCCACACAACGGACAGAGGGAAUCUCAACAUCUGACUUGAUUACUAGAAUCGUCAGAGACUACGAUGUCUACGCCCGACGCAACCUCCAACGUGGCUACACGGCCAAGGAGCUUAACGUCAGCUACAUCAAUGAGAAGAAGUACCGACUGCAGAACCAAGUGGACCGAAUGAAGGAGAAGGUCCGUACGGUUGAGGAGAAGAGCAAACACUUUGUUUACCGCGUGGAGGAGAAGAGUCACGACCUCAUUCAGAAGUGGGAAGAGAAAUCCAGAGAGUUUAUCGGCAACUUUUUAGAACUUUUCGGACCUGAUGGGACAUGGAAACAGGUGUUUCAGGAGCGCAGUGGACGAAUGCUGUCCUACGCUCUGUCCCCCAGAGAGUCGCCCUGCAACAGUCCUCCCCGCGAACUGUCCCCCCUGCGCUCUCCCUCACCUCCGUCUCCCCCCGCCCGCUGGCACAAUGCUCGGCCAUCGCCCCCAACUUCCCCAAAAGGGGCAUCUGCCUCUAUAAGCAGCAUGAGUGAAGGUGAUGAAGAUGAGAAGUAGAUGGACUGUGGAGCAAACAUGCACACACUCACACCUACACACACUCACACACACUUCACAGUACAGUACACAGUACACUGCCUGAGAACUGCUCACACCCACAAACACACAUACUGGUACAAACACUGGCUGGAUACUGAAACAAUUCUCCUCAAGGAAGUUGCUAAUAUGCAAGGCAGACGGUGAUCAUGGGAAAUGAAGUGCUGUGCUGCAGAGCUAAGAACCCAUCGCUUGGUCUCUGUUGUCUGGACAACCGUGCAGACAGAAAGGAAGAAGAGGACGAGGAUUUCUGUACACAGUGUCACAUAUCUUAAAGACGGUCCAGAAGGCUUUGCGGCAUCUUUCAGAGGAUUUGCUUUGGAUUGUCCAGUGCUGAUAGAGACUGUCCAACAGCCUGCUCAUUGUAUCACCUCAUUGUUUUUUGUCCUGUUCUGUUUAGUUUGGCGUUUUGUCUUAAAGAUGCCAAGAUUUCUUGUAACUACUGUGACCACCAGAUGUGAAUCGGCACAAAGUUACAGAAAAGGUCUGCUCACUCAUGCCAGGCCGGCGCAGCACCUCUCUUCCACCCCAAUGAUACAAUAAAUACCCUAAUGCAAUGUAGAGACCUUAAUGUCCUGUCCGCACUACAUGUUAAUCUGCACUAUAUGUACAAACUUUGGGAAUGUGUCUUUUUUUAUUUUUUAAAUUUUAAUGUUCAAACGGCUUGAUAUGUAAAUAAAUCAAAAACUUAUAACUGAACGUGAAUCAACGCGCACUUCACCUCCUUCAAAUCAUGGACGGAUCGCACACAACAGCAAUUUUCUUUAUUGUCAUUUUUCGACAAUGUAGGUUGACCUCAUGCUGGAUCACAUCAUUAGACUGCUCCAUCACCUUUUUGGUAUAGGUCCAUGUUGCAUUAUUUGCAUAUCUUUGCAUGACCACCUCCACAGUGAGGAGUUCAUGCAUACAAAUACAUUUGUCUAAUCUGGAGGUACAUCAGGAUGGAAAACACAGUGAUCACUCCACACAUUAUUAUUAGUCAUAUACACAAUAAUCUCUAAAAUACCAUACAGAAACAGUGAAGGUUGACAAACUACUGAAGAUGAAAGAUCCUCAGGCCUCGAAAUCACACAAGUGGAAUUGAAACCGUUGUUCAGUCUUGGCUUUUAAACGUGAUCACGACUGGUUUGCAGGGAGACCACACAUCGAGGGCGGUGAACUGAGGCCUUUAAACGAAGAGGACUGCUGUCUCUGUCUCUGUCUUUACAGCAGAUUCACUGUCACUGAGCGUCACUCUGUGAGACUGGCAGGUUUACGAAGGCAUUGGCAGUGAUGAAAUCUUACAGUGAGGCUGAAAAGGAUGAGGAAGCUUUCCCCUCCCUGAAUUCUUCAUCUAUACUCUUUUCACAUCAGAUGGAGCUGAAGGAGAUGAGAAAAGGAAGUCACUUCAUAUCACUGAGAUCAUCUGGUCCAAACAAACAGUACCAGGUUUGGGUCACGUUUCAGGAAGGUUUGGUCAGUAGUUCCAGAAAUGAUGUCGCUAUUAUGACGGUUUUAAGAGUGCAAGUGGUGACCUGGCAUCUCCCAGAUCACAAAUGAUCUCAUAAGGAAAUUCUUGACAGCUGUCUGAAAUGAUUAUAUGAAAGUUAUUUGAAGUAAAAAAUAUGCAUGUCAGGUUAGUAAAGUGCACCAAAAAAGUUCCUAAUAUGAUUCAUGUGACAAACAUCAGAUUGGUUUGAAGCAAUAUUUCAGUACCCAGUAAUUAGUGGCUCCUUUGACCACAUGUUUCCCCUGCAGAUUUAUUCCAAAACGCUGCUUUCCUAUUCUUUAAAUAAAGAAAUGAAGUGGACUGUCCACACACGUAAAAAUAAUCACAGAAAAAUUAUUAAAUCAUCAAAAAGCAGUCUUGUUCAAAAUUUCAAACAUGGGAAGUAGAAGAAAAACAGUGCAAUCGCCUAAAAAAGUAGUUCUUUAACUGUGUCUUUGUUCCUGACAAAAAAAUAAAUUAAGACCUGUCAGCUAGAAGUCCCUUUUUAGCUGCAUUCUAUUUUUAUUCAAUGUCCAUGUCAUGAGCACAUUUUAAAAACACUUGAGCUCAAACUCGUUCAGAAAACUGUAAGGGUUAGUAAUAGUACAAGUGAGACAGAAGUCUGAUUGGAUGAAGCGUUGUUAGAGCGAACGAUCCAAGCUGUGAGCGUGUUUUCGUAUCCACCGCGGCAGGAUGAGG